GUGGUGAGGCCUCCGCAAGUUGUCUCUUCGGUGUCAGUGGCUCCGCUUCAGAUAGCGUCGCCGAGAACCUUCGCCCCGGUCACGCCGAGCCAAGCAAUGCCAGCCCGGCAAGGGCACGCCUUGUCACCAAUACCUCCAGCUGAUAGCGCAGCCCCCGUGCACGAGGAGUCCUCUCAAGCAUUGAAGCCGUUCCAGUCGAGCAUAUCGAUAGGCGUGCAGACGACUGUUGAGUCGCAGGAGCUAGAAGUCGUCCUGCAGAAGCUCGCACUGGCCGUGGAGGAUACCAGCGCUAUCAACCAGAAAAAUGGGAUUUCAGAGGUUAAAGAGGCACGUGACCGGUUGCAAGAGGCUUUAGCAGAGGGUCGAGCUAUGUCGCUUUCCAAGGAUCAACUUGCUGCUGCAGAAAGACAGCGUCGACGAAUCCACAACCUGUACCAGGAUUUGAAGGGCCACUUGCGAAUCUAUUGCCGGGAGAUGGAGAGUCUGAAGGUUGAUGGCAACAUUCUCGAGGUGACCUUGACCGGAGAUACCUACGAGUUUGAUGGCAUUUUUGACACUUCCAGCUCUCAGGAAGACAUUUUUGACUCUAGCUGUGACUUGGCACAGUCGGCUCUUGAUGGCCACAAUGUGACCGUUUUUUGCUAUGGCAUCACUGGUGCUGGCAAGACCUACACUAUGUAUGGUGCUCCGGAAGCAGAUGGAUUGGCACAGAGGAUGAUUAGCGAGCUGUUCAGAAAGGUAGACAUGAACGAUGAAAAGGUGACCAUCUCUGGCUCAAUGAUGGAGCUCUAUAACAAUCAUUUGGUGGAUUUGCUCCGGCCAAUCGAUUGGCAGGGGCGGCAGAACCCACCCUUGAGCAUGAAGUUGGACAAAUCCGGAAAUGUGCAGGUGGAAGGACUCGCUAAAGAGAGGGCAAGCGAGGAGCAUGAGCUCCAGGCCAUCUUCCAGCGAGGACUGGAACAGCGUGCAGUCGCUGCACAUGCCAUGAAUGCGGAAAGCUCACGCUCGCAUGUGCUGUUCACAGUUUAUCUAACAAAAGAGGACUCGGAUCGCACCAGCAAGUUGCACUUCUGUGACCUGGGUGGGUGUGAGCGCUUGAAAAAGACGGAGGUGGAAAAGGAUCAAGAUCGCAAGCUCGAAGCAAUCGAGAUCAACAAGAGCUUGUCAGCUUUGGGAGAUGUCAUCGAGGCAAUUGCCAGGAAAAAGAAGUACAUCCCGUACAGGAACCACAAGCUGACCCAGCUACUUCAAGAUGCUCUUGGCGGAACUGCCAAGGCUUUGAUGUAUGUGAAUUGCUCACCAUCGAGCGCAACCAUCAGAGAGACCGCAAAUGCCUUGAAAUUGGCCAAUCGAGCGAAGAACGUUGUGAACCUGGCGUCAGAGCCCUGUUCUCCGACUUCAAGAGGCGACAACUAUGCCACAUUUGAAAAGCUGAUGAGCAAAGAUGAUCCUAAAUGAGCUGAUGAAAAAUCUAAGAAUCGAAAUGCAAUCUUCUUUUGUUUGGCCUCAACGCCACUUAUCCAGGCACCUUAUGCAGAUGUAAAUUCUACAGCUAGGUCCUAGGUCUAUGCUUUGUGUGUGAGCUUUACUGAGUUGAGCCUUGUUCGUCGACACAUGUACUCUUCUGAAAUGGACUUCGUUUCAGCAAUACCCCUCGUUCAACACAUGCCAGGUCGGGGUCCAGACUGAUUGGAGCCAGCUCAAGGCCAAAUCGGGGGUGGCUGCUUGGCGCUUCCGCAUGGCUUCCGCAUAGCUUCCGCAUAGCUUCAAGCUGUGCCUAGUGCUGUGCUGUGUCUCCUUAAAGGAGACUCCCCAAAGCGGGAAUACACGGCUUCCGUUGAACCAAUUUUCAAUCAAGGGUGCUUUCACGGGGUGCUUCUGAGC